AUGUCUGAUAGAGAGAUUAUAAAUGGUGACUACUGGCAGACAACUGUUAUUAUUCAGGAACCAGCUGAGUUUCUCUGUAUUGACCGAGAGGAUUUCAUCAAGAUUUUCCUGUCUGAUGGGAAAAAAGUGUUUGGAGAUCCUGAGCAGAUGCGGUUUCUGAGAGGUCUGCACUAUUUUAAAGGUUGGCCCAUCAAUCUGCUGGAAGACAAUCCUGGAAAAUGCAUUGUCUGUCACUACAGAAGAGGAACCAUCAUUCUUAGAAACAGUAAUGUGACUGAAUGGGUUUACAUUGUGAAAGAAGGAAGUUGUUCUGUACUGAAGAUUUUUAAAGAUGACUCUUGCCUAAGCAACAGAGCUCCCAUGAACAGAAUAAUGGAAGCUGAAGCCGGCAUUCACAAAUCUUUGUUGACAAGCAGGACAGAGACUCCUGUGAUCGUUGCCAUAGACACCCUGCUGAAGGGAUCUGUGUUUGGACUGUUAGACUUUCUUUUUGAGGAUCAGCCAAAUUUGUGUGUAGUUAGCAAUGGAGCUGAGUGUCUUAAGAUCUCAAAGAAGUUUUACCUGCAUCAUGCCUCCAAAGAUCUUCUGCAGAGGCUGCGAAAAAAAGAACGUUCCUAUCCCAGUGAUGCAGAGCUAAAGGAACAGCUGCAGCAGGAGAUACAAUGGCAGAUUUUUCGCAAAGCAGCUUUAAAGAGCACAGUUCAACAGAUUGAAUUGAAACGCAAACUGCUUCAACACUGCUAUAUGAGUAAAGGGCUUUACCCAUGGUGUAAGAACUGACGUGUACACAAAUUUCUGUCAAUAGUGGAGCUAUAAGAUACCAGUUGAGUACCCACUAAAGCAGCAAAAAGGUCCAUCUUGACCCUAAAAUCUUGUGAAAGAAGGUGGUAUUAAAUCAGGCCUGUAGUGUCUUCAAUUUUAGGGUAGGCUACAGUGGUGAAAACUUUCAGGGAACUGUCUUUCCCUGUAUUUCUUAAAUAGUUAAAACGCUCUUUCCUUCAUGUUAACUCCACGACAGACAUCAUCUGUUUUUGAAUGAUUGGUACAUGUGCUCAUUGGUAUCUGUACCAUUCUUCUACCCAACUCCGAUCAACAGGUGAAGAAGCAUGAAGUAAGUUUCGUCUAGAUAAUUAGUACACUCUGACUGGGAGUGUUAUAGCAGCUGUUAUCUACUGAUGGUAUGCACUUAAGUAUGAUUGAUUGGAUUAUAAAUGACACUGCUUAUUGCUGAUGCUAACAAUAGCAUAGUUAGCCUUUUUGUACAAGGGACACCACACAAGUACAUUAUUCCACCAGGGAGAGAAAUCAGGAAAAAACCCUAUAGGGAAGAGUCAGAAUAUUUGCUGCUGGAGGAAAUAGUGCAUGAAAAAUGCAGAAUUUGCUGUAGUUAAAAGCAGUAGAAUACUAUUUUAGACACUUAAGUUGAAUCUGAAGUUGUGGAAUUCUAUAGUCUGAACGAACAGGCUGACAGCCUUGAAAAAACAGCAAAGAAGCUGCUAUCGUGUUGUCACCACCCUGGGUUUUAUCUUUAAAAUAAACCGCCUUAAUUAACCUUUUCAAUUGUAGGUUAUUUCUUUUACUGUUAGCUGAUUGUUUUACGUUCUCAAACAUCAAAAUCAUGCUUUAGUGUAUGUAACUUAAUUGAAUCAGAAGUAUAUUCCCACCUCCAGUUACUUGUUUACUUAAAAUAAAUUGAUUCACUCAUUGGCAACUGUUUUUAUAAUUAUGUAUUUAAAAUAUUGUAAAAUGCCUGUUUUCUAUCCUUGGACUCAAAUCUGUUAGGACUGCUUUCCUCCUCUGGUGUUAGUGUGUAUAUUUUCAAGAAAAUAUCCUCACUUGAUGGUUCAGCCUAGGAGAGAAGGUAUGAGUGGCACGUUACUGAUUUUUGUUUGAAUCUUCUGUUAAGAAAACUGAUAAAAUGCAUCUUCUGCAUUUGAAAUAUUUAAAGUUACUUUAAGCUUGUUCUUUGUUAUAGCUAAUGAUAGCAAAUAAAACCACAACAAAUGCAAGCUAAUCUAUGUUAAGCCUUUAUUAUAUUCAGGUAAAAUCAUAAAGUAAAAGCUCAGUGCAACAAGGAACUUUUGAGGAACAAAAAAACAUCCAUGCGCUGUGGCUGAAUGUUACCUUGCCAUGGUCACAUGGGGGACACACGUGCUUGUAUGAACAAAAGAAUUAGAGGGAUAGAAUACCCUUAUUAGAACUGUAACAGUGGUGGUGCUUUAUUUCCUAUAUGAAGAGUCUUGUUCAGUAAGUAUUAAGAGCUGCAUGAAAGUCUACUACAGAACAAGAAAUAGUGAAUGAAUGUAACUAAGACAGGAAAAUCCUAAAGAACCCAACUCUUAUCCAAAACAUCUAGAACUUAAAUAUUUACUCUUCCAUCCUUAAACACUUUCAACAGUGAAGGAUGGCAUGAACUCUUUGAGGAAGAUGAUUGACAAACUGGUAACUAUCAUUUUUACCCGAUACAAGAGGGAUGACAGACUUGAGAAACCACUUACUGUACAUUUACAGUAGGGACAAAAAAAAUCACUUUUAAAGCUUCCAUUCAUCCAACUGUUACCACAUUCCUCUUGAGGUGGUAGCACAGCUAAAGCAUCUAGUCAGCCUGUUGAAUUCAAAUGUAUCCUUGCAAUCAUGUUCUAGUCUAAAUCUGUCCACCCAAACACAAGAAAUAUGCAGUAGUAUAUGAAGAGUGCUACAGUAUUUCACAUUUUUUUUAAAUUAAACAAACACUUUGCUAAGGCCUCUUUUUACAUUUCUCCACCCCACCUACAGUAGGGAUACAUAAUACGUAAACAUUUACUAAAUUAGCACUUAGUUGAGGUAGCAGGUGAGAACAGAGGCAGCAGUAUCAAGGUACUGUAGUGCAAAGCAGAUGCCAUUUCUAGCAAAACAUAAAUGGAGGCACUACUUUGUGUUAGUCUUCUUACAUUUUGGCAAUGCUAUUAACUAAUGAAACAGAAAGGAGACAUCUCUCCAUUGGGAAAAAAUCCUUCCAUAAAGCAACACUAUUAC